AACAAAAUGAAGCUUUACUGAAAGUGUUUAUUUACUGAUUCCUCCAAUCAGAAAGAUUUACAUAACUAGUUGAAUUAUAUGCUAAAAAGAUGAACAGUAAGUUUACAAGCCAGAUGAUUUAACCCAUUAAAUGUUUCAGGCUCUUUUUGUGUAAGAAGUGAAAUCUUUUAUAAAGAAUGCAGAGAGACUGAUUCUUAUUUUAUAGCUUAAAAAAAAAAACAAACAAACAAACAAUGGUGGCUAUGUAAGAAAACAUUAAAUGUAGCACUGGUUAUUUCUGGUGGGUUUUGGUUCUUUGUGAGAUCUGCUUGGUUUGUUCUUUAAAAGAAAGGAACACUUGUAGUUAUUGGAAUUGCUCACUGCUCAUCCUUGUCUGACAUUUCAUCUGCUUUGUGUGCUGGCUUUUUAGAGAAUGGGAAGUAAAACAGCUUUUCUGCUUUCUCAAGACCAGUUUUAUGUCAGAAUUGAUAAGUAAUAAAUAAAAACUAAGUGGCAUUACCCUUGCUUCCUCUGUUCUUUCAUGUCUGCAGCCCAGGCUCCCUAGUUAUAAAGCACCAAAAUCUUUUCUGCUCAACAUGGAGAACAGGUGAAAUGUUUAUUUCUUUUUCUUUGAGAAAUUUGCACUUAACAAAAAGCAUCUUGAAAGUGUGUAAGAGCUCAUUCUUUAAGAUGAGAGAGGCCAACCUACUGUCUUUCUCAUUCCUAAUCCUCCUCAGUAAUCCUAAUCCAUUUCAGACCUGUAACCUUUCUUAAGCAUCACAUGGGAGAACGUUCUUAAUGCUGCUCAGAACAACUGCAGUAAAUAAAUCGAAGGAUCUGCGCUCCCUGCACAACAACACAUGUGUUUUAUUCUGCAGCUCUUGAAGGCAAUGGCAGUUUCUUCUGCAUGCCUAAGGGAAAAAUUUAAUUAUUCAGAUAUCUGAGGAAGAGUUUCUGAAUCUGUAAUCAAGUAAAUCAGAGACUACUGAUCACUUUGUUACUGAAUGGAGAUUAUAUAAGCAGGAGGGGAAAAAAAAGUGGAGAGCAAGCUGCUUUUGUGCGUAUUUUAGCAAGUCCUUAAGCUAGCAAUUGGUGGCAAGGUAAGUUGUAUUUUUCUUUUCUCUGUAACAGAGUUUUUUGUUCAGAAGUAGUCACUCGGCACCCAUAGUUUGAGGUGAAAUGUCCUUUUAUAUGUCAGGGUGUAUAAAUCUAUGGUUGGGACUUUCUAAGUUCUCCUUUUUGGCUUUGCUGUACCUGUGCAGGUGCAGAGUUCAGCGCAUAUAUAAAUUAAAUUGUUUCACCAUCAUGUUUCCAGCUAUGAGCAGCGCCAAGUCUGAUGUACACGUGGGACGUGAGUAUUUAAUCUAGGAGGGAAAGGAAGGAUCAUCACUUUCUCCAGUGCUAGUGACCGUUUUAUUCUUGUGAAAAUUAUUUGACUUUAUUUAUUUUGUUGGUGGCUUCUAAGUGCCAUGUUGAUAAAUUUUGUUUCACAUCUUUCUUUCACUGUUUUCUUCCUAGCAAACUCUCUGUGAGCGCAUUUUGUUUUCUUGUUGCCUUCCAGAUUCUAUUUACCUCUUCCCUCAGUCACCCAAAUGUCUGUAAAAUGUAGUAGUGGGGACUCAGUUGUGCAUGGGAUAUGAAAAAUGUGUAGUCUUAGUUAGGAAAUGUGCUGCUUUGAUGUUAGCUCCAUGUGCUCCUUAUCAGGAGGCUUUUGAUUCACCGGGGAGGAGCCCCAAAUUCUGCACAGAUCUGUAGUCUGGACAAGCUCAGUGCUGUUACAGUGCAUAGAAUUUGAUUCAAAAUGAUGUCACUUGCAUUGGCUUUAAAAUGAUUAAAUUAAUACUUGCAAAAAACCCACUUGCAAUAGGCUUUUGUUGUUGCUGUUUCGGACUGGUAAUUUGUUCACGUUUUGUUUGUGGGGUUCUUUGGUAGUUUUUUCUUUAAUUGAGACACGAGGAUUUAUGCAAGUUUUCCUUUAUUUGCUUUUAUGUGUUAUUAUAUCAUAGGGUAGUAUUAAGUCAUCAGCUUGUGGUGCAAAAUCAAAUAUAUUAUCCCAUGGCUUGUGAAAUGCAUGCGAAGUACAGCUGUUAGAUAGUUCUGCCUUUCCAGUGCAGACCCAGGUGAAUGGGAAAUAUGCAUCUCCUCUUUGCAUCUGAUCUUCUGCUGUUCUAUUAGUUGUCUACAUCCAUGUGCUGCUUUUCAGUCCAUACGUUUUUUAAUGUUUUAGUUGUGAUGUAACUGCAUACGUGAGGGCUCACCACCUGUUUUACUUAGCAUGUGUUUGUUAGAGGAUGAUCAUUGCAGCACUGCAUCCCAGGGGAGAGUCACAAGCUGAAGGUAAAUGAAUGUAGUGCAGCUUCUCAAAAGAAGUGCAGGAAGCCUGUUUCAGAAGACUUCUGUGCACCAGACAAAACCUCAGCAUCUCCACAUGAGGGGAACAACAGGAAGAACAAGACAAGGAAUAUGGAGCCAACUGUCUCACAUAUGCAUUGUUUUAUCUCAAAUACAUACGUAAUCUAUAUUUGAGGCAAUGCCACUGUCAUUGGGUAUUUCAGCCUGCAUUUUAUGGGUCAACGUUUCUUUGAAACAGUUUUAGGUAUAGGAAGGAUGUAUUUCACUGUGGGGUGGAUGAGGAAAGAUCACAGGUGCUGAGCAGUUGGGUUGACUUCAUUUGUUCCUCACUCCUCCCACCCCUGAAGCAGGUUUCAUUUCUUUGGAUUCUCUGAUUUAUUGCAUUGCACUCUUUUGCUUAGGCUGGGGCCCUCAGAAGAAUCUAAGACAACAAAGUCAAAAAGUGGCUGGCUGCAGGAAUUGCUUGGGAGAGACCUUUUAAACAAAUAAGAGAACUAGACUCAGCACUGUGGGACAUGUUACAGCAGUUUGGAUUCUGAUCAAAUGCUUUCCUGCACCUCCUGUGUGGUUUUGGUGAUACUGGGCCAGACUGUGGCAUUCUAGGAGUACCAGUUGGAAAACAUGGGAUCUGGUAGUUCUGUAAAUGCCAACUACAAGUACUCUCUACAGAAGUCUGAAAAUGCUUUCAAGGCAGCUGUUCUGAUCCAAAGGUGGUAUCGGCGCCAUGUUGCUCGCCUGGAAAUGCGCCGACGGUGCACUUGGAGAAUCUUUCAAUCCAUUGAGUACGCCUGUGAGCAGGAUCAGAUCAAGCUUCACAACUUCUUCAGUUACCUCAUGGACAACUUCACACCAAGCAGCAGUAAAGAAAGGGAUUUUAUCAGUCGCAUGUUCAUAAGUGGAGAAAGCUUCAAAGAGGCAGAGCUGGAGAAGUACUGUGACUAUGAAUCCAUGGAGGUGCCAGACUCCUACACUGGACCCCGUCUCUCUUUCCCACUCCUUCCUGACCAUGCGACUGCCUUGCUGGAAGCUUUCAAACAAAAACAACAGCUCCACGCUCGCUAUGUCUUAAACCUUCUACACGAGACCAGGAAGCACCUCAAGCAAUUGCCAAACAUCAGUCACGUCUCCACCUGCUACAGCGAGGAGGUCACCGUGUGUGGAGACUUGCAUGGCCAGCUGGAUGACUUGUUCCUCAUAUUUUAUAAGAAUGGCCUUCCUUCUCCUUCCAAGUCCUAUGUGUUCAAUGGGGACUUUGUAGAUAGGGGCAAACAGUCCCUUGAGAUACUCAUCAUCCUCUUUACCUUCCUUUUGAUAUAUCCAAAAGAGGUUCAUCUCAAUCGUGGGAACCAUGAAGACCACAUGGUCAACUUACGGUAUGGUUUCACAAAGGAAGUCAUGCAGAAAUAUAAGUUGCAUGGGAAGAAAAUCUUGAAGAUGAUUCAGAAUGUGUUCUGCUGGCUACCUCUGGCCACCCUGAUUGAUCAGAAAGUCCUUGUUAUACAUGGAGGUGUCUCUGAUACUACUGAUCUGGACAUGCUUGAGAAAAUCCAAAGGAAUAAAUUUAUUUCUGUAUUGAGAGGGAAGAAAAGAAAAGAGUCAAACAGAAAUGUGGAAAUAAAGGAGAUAAAUGGGGAGAGCCAAGCAAAGCCUGAUUCAGCAGGGAAUGAGACAACGUCCAGCUUACCCUCACAGCCCCGACCAGCCCAGGCUCCCAGCAUGGCCAACAGGGUGGAGUUCUCCAGGUGGGUCCGGCAGACGGUGCAGGAGCAAAUCGAGUGGUGCCGCAAGUUGGUGGACAUCAGCGAUUCGGAGGAGGAGGAGCUCACUUGCUCCAGUUUGGUCUCCUUAACAGAUUUGGAUGGGCCGUGCUGGACUCGGCAAGAGGAGUGGAAGCAGAUUUUAGACAUCCUCUGGAGUGACCCCAUGCCUCAGGAGGGCUGCAGAGAAAAUACGGUGCGAGGUGGUGGCUGCUAUUUUGGGCCUGAUGUGACGAGGAAGAUCCUUGAGAAGUACAACCUGCAGUUCCUCAUUCGCUCCCAUGAGUGCAAGCAAGAUGGCUAUGAGUUCUGUCACAACCGGAAGGUACUGACCAUAUUUUCAGCCUCAAACUAUUACGAGAUUGGCAGCAACAGGGGAGCCUAUGUGAAGCUGGGGCCAGACCUGGUGCCCCAUUUUGUUCAGUACCAAGCAAACAAGACAGCCCACACCCUCACCAUGACUCAAAGAAUCAGCAGAGUAGAGGAGUCAGCCUUCCGAGCCCUGCGGGAAAAGCUGUUUGCUCACACCUCUGCCCUCAUCAGUGCAUUCAAGCUGUACGAUAAAGACAACACAGGAAGGAUCACGCUGAGCAACUGGGCAACAGCAGUGGAGUCAGUCUUGCACCUGGGACUGCCGUGGCGGAUGUUGAGACCACAGUUGGUGCGCAGCACAGCAGAUGGCAUGCUGGAGUACAAGUCCUGGCUUGAUGAUUUGGCCAUGGAGCAGAGGAGCCAAGAGCACAUCCAGUCGAGCUUGCUGGAAGUUAUCUAUCGAAACAGAUCCAACCUGGAGACCAUAUUCAGGAUCAUAGACAGAGAUCAUUCAGGUCUCAUCUCAUUUGAGGAGUUCCACCAAACCUGGAAGCUGUUCAGCUCCCACAUGAACAUUGAGCUCACAGACGAUGGUAUCAAUGACUUAGUUCGCAGCAUUGAUUUCAAUAAAGAUGGAAACAUUGACUUCAACGAGUUUCUAGAAGCCUUCCGCCUUGUCAAACAGUCCCAGCAGUGAGAACCCAGGGCAGGUCAUCACAUCCAAUGCCUUGUCUGCAAAGCCAGGACUGCUUCCUACCUAACUGCAGAGCGUGCCCGCAGCUACAAACCAGAGGAAGGGAAGGCAGGUUCCUGAUGCUCUUCAUUGAAGACUGGGACCGCCCAGCCACCAGCUGUGAUCCAUUUGGGGAAGGUAAUGAUAAAAUAGAUAAGUUAUACCUCAGUUAUGACUGCAUUGUAAAAGGAACUGUGUUAUAAAUAGAAAACUCUGCUCAAGGGAAGAGGCAAGUUAAUUUCUCUCAUCAAUGCAUGUCAUGACAUUUUACAAGUCUAUUCAAGUUGAGUAAAAUUAAAGUAAAGGUAUUUCUUGGAGGGACUGCUUUACUAGCUAGCAAUUGCUAGAGCACAGUCUUCCUUAAUAAUAAACUUUUUUCUAGAUGCCUUGUUCAAAGCUGUUCAUCAUGCCUUCUCUAGAUUUUCAGUUCUACUAUAAACAGUACUAUUUCUGUGACAACACCUAUUUCUCCCAUUGUUCCUUUGCUUCAGUAAGAUAUAUCUACUAAAAUAUGAAGUGGAGCAAUGCAUAGAAAAAAUAAACUACCAUCAUCUC